UCAGUCCCUCCUACCCCUUUAAGAGUAAAGAAUUUAUGGGUGGAACAAAUUCUAAACGGGGGAGCUCUAGUCAACGUUCAUCCUCAAGGUCCAGUUCACGUUCCUGGAGUGAUCCUCAAUAUCAAUCACCUUAUUUGCCACAAAGCCAAGCUCAUGGGCCUCUCGGUUAUUACGGGCAUCCAUCUCCAAGUUAUGGUGGUGUUCGUGCUCCAGAGCAAAAAAAGAGGCCAGACAGGAAGUUUUCAAGGAUAGAUGAUAAUUAUAAAAGCUUGGACCAGGUAACUGAGGCUCUGGCACAUGCUGGCCUAGAGUCUUCCAAUCUCAUUGUCGGUAUUGAUUUUACAAAGAGCAACGAGUGGACAGGUGGAAGGUCAUUUCAGAGGAGAUGCCUGCAUCACAUCAGUCAUGAACAAAAUCCAUAUGAACAAGCUAUAUCUAUCAUUGGAAAAACAUUGUCUUCAUUUGAUGAGGAUAACUUAAUUCCCUGUUUUGGAUUCGGAGAUGCAUCAACACAUGACCAGGAAGUUUUUAGUUUCUUUCCUGACGAGAGAAUUUGUCAUGGAUUUGAAGAAGUGUUGGCACGGUAUAGGGAAUUGGUCCCACAGUUAAAGCUUGCAGGACCAACAUCAUUUGCCCCAAUUAUUGAGAUGGCAAUCACCAUAGUUGAGCAAAGUGGAGGCCAAUACCAUGUCUUAUUAAUCAUAGCAGAUGGGCAGGUGACAAGAAGUGUUGACACCGAGCAUGGGCAGUUGAGUUCACAAGAAAAGAAAACUGUAGAAGCUAUUGUGAAAGCUAGUGAAUAUCCCCUGUCAAUCGUAGUAGUUGGAGUUGGAGAUGGGCCAUGGGACAUGAUGAGAGAAUUUGAUGAUAACAUCCCUGCCCGAGCAUUUGAUAAUUUCCAGUUUGUGAAUUUCACAGAAAUAAUGUCAAAGAACAUGGAUCGGUCGAGAAAGGAAGCAGAGUUUGCACUUGCUGCCUUGAUGGAAAUACCCUCCCAGUACAAGGCAACACUGGAACUUAAUAUCUUGGGUGCUCGUAGAGGGAAAGAUAUAGACAGGAUUCCUCUACCACCACCUCAAUAUGGUGCAGCAUCUUUCAACUCCCCAAAAUCUUCACGUCAAAACAGUUUUUGUCCCACUGCACCAUCUCUCAGGCAUGAUGCUGGCACGAAUCCUCCAGCGAGUUCUGCUUCUGAUAGUCAUGUUUGUCCCAUUUGCCUCUCCAAUCAUAAGGAUAUGGCCUUUGGUUGCGGGCAUCAGACAUGCUGUGAGUGCGGACAAGAUCUUGAGUUAUGCCCCAUUUGCAGGAGUACCAUUGGUACUAGAAUAAAACUUUAUUAGAUGAUAUCUCUGAAAACUUGUGUAUGGCUUUUCAUGUUGAGGUAUGAAACCGAGUUUUGUGCAAGUUUCUUGGUGAAGAGGAAGGAGGACGGGUGGAAAAGGUUUGC